GUCUCGAAACGGCGUCUCAUCGCGCUCUCCGCGCGUCUCCCUCCCGCCUGCCCAGCGCUCCCCUUUUCGCAGUCACCUGUCCCUGGCCUCCCGUCAACAUGCAUCCCGGCGUGCUGCACCGUCGCUUCUUGAGCGAUCUGUCGACGUCGCUCUUCUCCUUCGUCCUUCCCCUCCUGCCGACGUCGGAGGAGCUGACGAUCAAGGAAGAAGUCCGCACGCUCAUCGAGAAGCUCAUCAAGACGAUCGAGCCCAGUGCGCGCCUCCUCAGCUUUGGGAGCAGCUGCAACUCCUUCGGACUGCGUAACUCGGACAUGGACCUUGUUGUGCUUAUCGACGACCCCGAGGCUGGCCUCGACUCGAGCCUUUUCGUCCAGAUGAUCGGCGACUUGCUGGAACGCGAGACCAACUUUGACGUCAAGCCGCUGCCCAAAGCGCGCAUACCGAUCAUCAAGCUUAACCUCGCUGCGUCGCCCGGUUUGCCGUUUGGCAUCGCGUGCGACAUCGGUAUCGAGAACCGGCUAGCGAUCGAGAACACGCGUCUUCUGUUGACAUACGCGACCAUCGACCCCGCGCGCGUGCGCACUCUUGUCCUAUUCCUCAAGGUGUGGGCCAAGCGCCGCCGCAUCAACUCGCCAUAUCGGGGGACUCUUUCGUCCUACGGAAUCACCCUCAUGGUCCUGUACUUCCUCGUACACGUCAAGCAGCCGCCAGUGUUGCCGAAUCUGCAGCGCAUCGCCCCCGUCCGCCCCAUCACCGAGGAGGAGAUGAUGCUCGAGGGCCGCAACGUCUACUUCUUUGACGACGUCGAGAUGCUGCGCCAGGAGUGGUCAAGUGUCAACUUUGAGAGCGUCGGCGAGCUCUUGAUCGACUUCUUCCGCUACUUCUCCCACGACUUCCAGUUCAACACCAUGGUGCUGUCGCUGCGCGCCGGCCCCUUGACGAAGGAGAGCAAAGGAUGGACCAACGACAUCGACGUCGGUGGCCUCAACGAGAUGGCGCGUGACCGCAACCGCUUGUGUAUUGAGGACCCCUUUGAGAUUACGUACAAUGUCGCCCGUACCGUCACGAAGGAUGGGCUGUACACGAUCCGCGGCGAGUUUAUGCGUGCAACGCGAAUCCUCACGCAGCGGCACGACCGCGCGGUCCUCGCUUUGGCCGAGUUGUGUCGAGAGCGCGAGGACGAGCUGCUGCGCGCACCGCGCUCCGCCUCGCCUGCGCCACGCACGAUCGCCGGUGGCCGCGCUCACUUCGGGGCAGGGGCCCGUGAGGGAUGGCAGCGCUCGCAGAGCCAGCAGCCGUACGAGCGCGCGUUCAGCGGCAACGGGCCCGAGGCGCCGCGGAGAGGGCGCGCAGUCGACAACGGGCCGGCGGCAGCACCGGAAGCGCCGAGCGCGCAGGACAUGUGGCUCGCGGCGCAGGGCGCCAACCUCGGCAGCCCCGCGCCGAGCGGUCUGGGGCUCGGCGGCGACCCGGCCUUCGAGUACCGGCGCGGCAGGGAGGCGGCGUCGCCCUCCUUCCCGGCGCCAGUGCGCCGGCGCGCGCCUGCGUACGACAACCCCAAUGCGGCGGGGACGGUGAGUGCGCCGUUGUCGCCGUCGCGGCUGUACGCGCAGCUCGAGAUUGGACGUGGGCCGUCGGCGCCGGCGCCGGCGCCGUGGCCGCCCGCGUUCGAGGGGCAGCGCGGCGGGUUCGGCGCCCCAGGCAUGCCGCCUGUCGGGCCCGUUGUGCGCCCCGCUGCGCGCGACCUGUCCAUCCCGCCCAGCGGCUUGCACCAGAGCCACACACCAGACCCCGGGUCGCCACUCAGCACGUUUGCGCCAUUCUCGCCCCCCGUCAUAGCCAGCACGCUGCACCCGUCCAGUGCUGAGGGCAAAAACAAUGGCAGCUAUAUCAGUCCCAGCGCGCUCCUGUCGCCCGCACCGGCGUCAGGCCCCUUGCCCAAGGAUGGCGACCUUGUGCAAGGCUUCAGUAAACUCGGUGUCGAUGACAAGAGCCCAUAGAAGUGAGGGGACGGGCGCAUUGCAUGCAUCGUGUCUUGCUGGAGCGUGCCCAGAAGCCGAGUUGAUGGAGCUGGCAAGUCGACGAGUCGCCAUGUCGAUGAGCUGCGGGGCUGAGACUGCAAGGUUGGGACUAGUUCGCAUCAGUGACCAUUAACAAGGUAUUGAUUGCAUGGGGUGAGGGUCAUCAGGAUCACGGUGGGGAAUAUUAAGGAAUGACCAGGUGAACUA